GAAUAGAGAGGGGAGAGAAUAGAAUUUGAAAUUCGAAAGGGGCGGUCUACUCGUUUCAGACGGUAAGAUUUCAUUUAGUUCAGAGUACAGUCGCUGAUAAUGACAUCCAAUGGCGACUCCAACACUUACGAAGAGGUUCGCAAGCAACGCCUUGAAGAAAACAAAAAGAGAUUUGAGGAUUUGGGAAUUGCAAAGAUCACGAAAAGUCUAUCUGACCUUACAAAUUCUGAGAAGAGGUCCCCGCAACGACAUCUUUCAAAACCCAGAUCAAAGAUUUCUAGCUCAGUGGAGCCAAGACGGUCCUCCCGCGCACGCAACCCAGUUCAGUCAUAUUGCGAUGAAGUUUUUGUAGAGCUUCCAUCUUCACGGAAGAGAUCUAGAUCAAAUCCAUCAUCCUGGGCAAGCUAUCUUGCGAGGCCAUUAGAUGAAGUCGUAGUAGCUUCUUAUGAAGAAAGAACUGCUGCUAUUAAAGCUGCAGAGGAGCUAGAAAGGAGUUUGAAGUCUGAGAAUCCAACGUUUGUCAAAUCAAUGGUUCGAUCUCAUGUUUAUAGUUGUUUUUGGUUGGGCCUUCCUUCUAAAUUUUGUGAGUAUCAUCUUCCAAAAUCGGUGUUGAAUAUGGAAUUAGAGGAUGAAGAUGGAAGAGAAUAUGAUGCCAUCUACAUUGGCAAAAGAUCCGGCCUAAGUGGUGGUUGGAGAGCAUUCGCUUUGGAUCAUAAGUUGAAUGAUGGCGAUGCCUGUGUGUUUGAGUUGAUUGAACCUACUAGAUUUAAGAUCUACAUAGUUAGAGCAUCCAUGCAUUCAGGUGAAGGUGGCACAACGAUGGUCAUUGACGAAGAUAGUACCGAGGCCGAAGAGAAAUCAACGGGAAAGAUGAAGCAUGGCUCGAAAUCAAAAGUGACUAAGAAGCCGAAAAAAUUAAAAGAGCUCCCAACAAAGUACAUGAUAGAUGAAGUGGAACAGGGUGUAAGCCCAACUAAGACAAAUGGGUUUGUUUCAAAGACAGUGAAGAAGGAAGGUGAAUCAGAGAAAGCCGGUGAAACAAAUGAUGCUGGUUUGGGUCAGGAGAGCGCAAAAUGUUCUUAUAGGAGAUCUAACAGGAAACUUACGCCUAAGUCUUCUCGUCAUAGCUUAACUUAAAAUAGCAGAAGCGACUAGAACCUCAAAUCCAACAUUAGGGUAUUUUUUGCUUGGUAGGUGCCUGACCAUCAUCAUAUUUUUCCUAGGUAGUUUUUGCUUGGUUAGGGAUUUGACUAUCAUAUUUUCCCAAGCUGCCCAAUUAACAUUACAUGUUAAAAACGAGCAUGCAACAACAAUGUAACAUUACGUGUAGGUUUCUACACGGUCAACGUUUGCUUCGAUUAAUUUUAUGAUAUGCCAUUUUCUAA